UGACACCACUUUUGACAUCUCUGAUUUGCGCGCUUCAAUUUUUGCUGAACAAUUUCCACCAAAAUAAUGCCGCACCAAGACGAACUCAGCCAGGGGGCCAAACAGAGAUUCGUGGAGACGGCUGCCAGGGCCAAGAACCCACUGGAAUCGCUCAGCUAUCAGUGCUACAAGGCUCCAAAUGGCGAGGAAUUUAAGCUGCUGUGUCGCACCAAGACGGACGCCGAUCCCAAGAUGCUGAAAUGGGCAUUCAAACUGGCCGAGACCAAUGUGGGCCCCUUCUACAAGCAGCUGAAGAUGGGCUGGCAGCCGAAGAUCAAGGCGGCGGAGCUGAACAAGAACUGGGCGCGCUACUUGGUGGUCCAGAAUGACAAGAAGGAGAACGUGGCCUACUCCAUGUUUCGCUUCGACAUGGAUCACGGCGACUGUGUGCUGUACUGCUAUGAGAUGCAGGUGGCGGCGGCUCACCAAAGAAAAGGCCUGGGCAAGUUCAUGAUGCAAAUACUGGAGGACUGCGCCCGCCACUGGCACCUGGAGAAGCUCAUGCUCACCGUGCUCAACAACAACGAGCAGUCCAUAUCCUUCUACAAGCAGCUCGGUUACGGUAAGGAUGAGAUCUCCCCGGAUGUGCUCGAAGAAGCCGACUAUCAAAUCUUCAGCAAAUCUCUGCUGAGCUGAAACCGAGAAAAUAAGACAACUAGCUAACUAA